AUGUGUCACGAAUCCCCCACGGCCCAAUUCCUCGGAGCGCUAGCAACCAUCUUAUGUGAUGUCUUUCUAAUUUGGCAUUUAUGGAAAUACGAUAAGUUUCGUUGUAUGAUUUUCAACAAGAGGAGUGCAUUUAGGUUCAUCAUAGUGUGGAUGUUCAUUAUAUCUGCUCUCUUAUUCACAGCAUGGAACGUAAUCCUAGUAUGGGUCAAAUAUACAGAAUACUACGCGGUAGUCCCAAUCUCGGAACAUGAGAGUGAAAUCAUGCCUGUACCAUUCCAGCUCUGGGAAAAAAGUAAACAAGAUUACGUACGAUUGUCAUACCAGCUCCUAUGCGUGGGAUGGGGUAUAGUGCUUGCGAUUCAUUCAGAAGAAACUCUCUACUGGGCUUAUUUGAUCAACGCUAUUCGGAAAAGAGAUAAUAGAAAUUGGUUCAGGAGUAUCUGGUUUAAGUUAUGGGUACUCAUCAGUGUUACUGUCAUCACUCCAAUAUAUUCAUGGCUGGAUCGGUCCUUGCAUGUUUGCUGUUCUUCAUGA